AUGGGUGCUGGGCGUGGCCCGGAGCCAGACUUCGGGAGCUCAGCAGCGGCGGCGGCGAGGCUGCUGACGGAGCGGGGGGAGACCGUCGCCGUGUUCGACGCGACCGCCGGCGGCUUGAUCCAGGCGGCGCUGCUCGCGCGCCCCGGCGCCUCCAAGUACGCCGCGUGUGCGGCGAACACGAUCAGCACGCGGCGCUCCGCGCAGCUCCUCGGGGAGCCGCUGGUGGCCGAGCUCUCGACCAGCAGGCCCACGGACGCCGCAUCCUACAGAGCGUCGAAGAGAGCUUCGGUGGCAGCAAUCGCGCGGAGCAUGCGCGCCGCGGUUGGUACGACGUGGGUCGUGGCUGAGAGUGGCGCGUGUGGGCCGACGUUCGCUCACUCGGGCAUCGAGCACGGCUUCACCGCGCUGUUCGUCUCUGGGCCUGUGGAGCGUGCCGCCUGGGUGGAGUCGGACCACGCCGAAAGGGAGGCCAACAUGUGGGGCUUCGCGAAGGCGGCGCUGGACCUGCUGGCAGCGUGCCUCAGCGGCAGCGCCGCCGCCGGGCAGCCCGCGUCGCCGCAGAGCGGCAUCUUCGAGGGCCGGGAGGACCGCUUCGGGGGCGUCACCGUCGAUGUCGCGGCGGAUUGCGCAGCAACCACUGAAGCCUUCGCCGGGGAAUUGCGCAGCCGCCUGGCCGAGUGGGCGUCGGCGGGCAAGCGGGGCAUUUGGUUUAAGGUGCCGCUCUCUUGCGCCCGAUUGGUCUUGCCGCUGAGCUCCGAAGGCUUCAAGUUCCACCACGCCAAGGAAGAGCACGUCAUGCUUUCGCGCUGGCUAGAGGCCAGCCCUUGCAAGCUGCCGCGCUACAGCUUCACCCUGCUUGGAGUGGGCGGCGCCGUGGUAAACUCGAGAAACGAGGUGCUCAUGGUCCAGGAGCGCUUGGUGGCCAACGCAAAGUUUCAGGGCCUCUGGAAACUGCCUGGUGGUCUCGCCGACCCUGGGGAGGACUUGGCGGUUGCUGCGGGUCGAGAGGUGUUGGAGGAGACUGGUAUAAAAACCGAGCCAGUGGGCGUCGUAUCCAUCAGGCACGCCCACGGUCUUGCUUUCGGUCAGGGCGACAUCUAUUGUGUGCUCAGGCUGCGGCCUCUCAGCGAGGAUAUCAAGAUCGACCCAGAGGAGAUCGCAAGCGCGCGCUGGAUGUCGCUUCAGGAGAUCGAGAAGCGAGUCCCCGCCGACGACGUGAAGACUAUGGCAGACUGCGUUUCCAAGGGGACCUUCACUGUGAUCUCACAGGCAGUGCACGGCGCUCUGAUCCAUGGUGCGCUUGUUCCGAGCACGGCUGGGAAGAGCGUGGUUAUGUACACUGCAGCUGGGAAGUCGGAUGCGGCAUGA